UUUAACCUCUGCCAAACAGAGAGAGAGAAAGAAGAGAAUAGAAUUUCGAAGCCUUGUUCUCCGAAGUUCACUAAUCUCUGGUUGAGUCACCACUACAACUCUCUCGAUUCUCUACGAAUCUUUCAUGCUUAAUACUCUCUCCGAUUCGCUCUAACCAUCGUUUCAUCGUCGAUGGCCCUUCCUCUCGGGAAGCUCACCAUCCUCAUCGGUGCAGGUAUUGUCGGGUCUGUUCUAGCAAAAGAAGGACGCUUUUCAACUGUCUCUGAUUUUUGCUCAGGGGCCUUCAAGAUUGUUUUGAAGCAAAUUAGGCACGAUGACUCUACACCAUCAAGCCCAAAGCCGCGAAAUGACUCGUUGAUGUCACAGGUUAACAGCCUGCGGCAGGAGCUGCAACUAUUGGCAUCAAAUAGACCAAUUACAAUUGUAACAUCAAGUGGUUCAGGUUCCAGCAAAUAUGGUAUAAUUGUUAUUGUCAUUGUAGUAGCGUCUGGUUAUGUUUGGUGGAAGGGUUGGAAGCUUCCGGAUAUGAUGUUUGCAACCAAGCGUAGUUUAUCUGAUGCAUGCAACACUAUAGCCAAACAACUUGAGAAUGUUUACUCAUCAAUUGCGGCCACUAAGCGGCAUUUAUCGUCAAAAAUUGACCGUGUGGAUCGUACUUUAGAGGAGAGUGCAGAGCUUACUGCUGCUACUAGAGAGGAGGUUUCUGAACUGCGAGGAGAAAUCCAAGUGAUUGGUGUAGAUGUGCAAUCUGUUCACCAUGUAGUCCGAACUCUGGAGACUAAAAUUAGUAGAAUAGAAGGGAAACAGGAUCUCACAAAUGAAGGAGUGCGGAGGCUGGUUGAUUACACACGGAACUUAGAAAUUCAGGCAGCUCCAUCAAGUUCAUCCAGGCCAGCUCUUGAAAUGCCACAAAUACUACCCCCUGCAAGGACUGGGUCUUUGCCUCCCAUUCCACCAGUGGAACCACCAUCUCCUUCUAAUGGAUCUCGUAACACAUCUCCUUCUAAUGGAUCUCGCAAGGAGCUUCAAGGGAUUUCAGAAAUUGUUGAGGCAUUGAGCAGUCCCGGCAUUUCUAAUGGGCUUAAUGUAACAGAAGACACAAACAACAAUGGGAAUUCGAAUUCUGGUCUGUUUGGGAGGCGGAUUUCUGGUAUCAGUGCUUCGUUUCUUACAAGAACCCGCAGUGCAGUGCAGUCAUUCAAGUAGAUGGAAUUCAAAUAUAUUACUAUUGUUCAUCAUUGAGCAAACCCAUUACAAAAUAUAUCAUAUACUCUGCUGCUAGGGUAAAAAAGGCCCAAGGUUAGUGCCAGCGGCUAUCCCUGGAAAAUAGGGAGUGCCCAGCCAUAUAUAUGAAACCGAACUGGGUGCUGAUUUUUGUAGAGCUGCUGUUAUAUUUUUGAGGUUGACUUGGAAUUUAUGUAGAACUCUGGUUUAAAAAUUGUUUCAUCUAUAUUAUAGUGAAUGGUGGGAAGGGAACAGCAGUAGGGGUAUAGGGAAAGGAUUGAGUCUUGAACUUUAAGGCGUCACGCCUAGUAAAAGAGCACCUGAUUCAUGACGCGUUAUUAUUUUGCUUUACAUUUUGAACGGAUUGAACAGGUGGUAAUAUAAAUUUGAAUAAUGGAGGUUGAUUUUGUUCUUAAA